CCUUGUUCGGAAUGGCCGUUCCGUAUUGGUUCUGCUUUAUUUUGUCACUGGGAUUUAUAUAUUGCUACGAAAAUGUAGCGUUACAUAAACCAGCAUGGCAGCAACAUGUCUGGCCUUCUAAACCCUAUGAUGUGGAGUGGGGAGCAGCAAAGGCUGUGGACGGACUGUAUACUGACCGCUCAGCAGGGGGAACUCAAUGUACUCAAUCAGGCCCGAGUCAAACAACAGCGACGUGGAGAGUGGACCUGGGGAGUAUGGUCAGCAUCAGUCACGUUAACAUCUACUACAGGACGGAGAAUCAUCCGAGCCCCGGUGCGUAUUAUAAUCAAUUUGCUGGAUUUUUCCUGUACGUAUCCAACACUACGUCAAAGGAUGACGGCCAUCUUUGUUUCCAUGAGAUACAGACUGUGGACCGUACACCAGUAGAGAACCAGACAAUAAGUUGUUCUGUUCAUGGACGAUAUGUGAUAUACUACAACGAACGGAGACCGGGUGUUACCUACCCUAGCUACUACUCACGAGACGCAUAUAAUGAACUAUGUGAAGUGGAAGUUCAUGGAUGCUCUGACCCAACAUUUUACGGAGAGAACUGUGACCAACCGUGUCCCGAUAAAUGUCAAGAGAAGAGGUGUAACAUCAGUACGGGAUACUGUCUGGGCUGUAUACCGGGUUAUCAAGGUCUUCGCUGUAGUCAAGAAUGUGAUGGUGGGAUGUACGGCGCAGGCUGCACACAGAAAUGUGGUUCCUGUCUAAACAACAAACAGUGUCAUCAUGUUAACGGCACGUGUUUGAGUGGCUGUUCUUCAGGAUACCAGGGAGGACAUUGCAAGGAGAACUGUCCCAGUGGGUAUUUCGGUAUCAAUUGUGAGAACAGCUGUACCGUGUACUGUGGUAGAAAUGGUAGUUGUGAUCAGACCACCGGGAUAUGUGAUGGAGGAUGUGAGGAGGGGUUUAUCGGGCCUCUCUGUGGUACAGAAGAGUUAUCAUCCCGCGUUACAAGUUGUACAGAUGACAACACCGCCACCAUCAUAAGUAUUGUAGUAUCUAUUUUUAUAGUGCUUAUUGGAAGUAUCAUCAACUUCCUGAUGUGGAAGAGAAAUCAGACAGAAUACGCAAAGAAAGGAGAAAACUGUAGAAGUGAAACAAGGAGUGCUCACAAUUCAGGGUUGAAUCCCCGUAUGCAGAACUGGGAGACUGUGACAAACCGAACACGUAUGAGGAACUUCACCAUUAUACCGAAUCUACCGGGAAAGUCUAAGACGAGUUAUUUGUACUGCAGUUAUUUCCACCGUACUUAUAGCAGCAUCAUAUUGAAAAACCACAAAAAUGUCCCUCAGAAUGGGGGUGGGAAGGGCCAAUCCUCGGAAAUUCCCUCUGGAUGUGCCAUUUGGAUGGAGACUAUAUUCAAAGGCAAACAAUUAGAUGAUGAUGGCCAUCUUUGUUUCCAUGAGAUACAGACUGUGGACCGUGCACCAGUUGAGAACCAGACAAUAAGCUGUUCUGUUCAUGGACGAUAUGUUAUAUACCACAAUGAACGGAGACCGGGUGUUACCUACCCUAGCUACUACUCACGAGACGCAUAUAAUGAACUAUGUGAAGUGGAAGUUCAUGUGUGUGAUAAACAGGCGUAUGGGCUGGGAUGUUCGUCAUCAUGUGGGAACUGUAGCGAUGGGGAGCCAUGUCACUAUCAAAACGGCACGUGCCCUCGGGGAUGUAAUGCAGGGGUAUAUGGGGAGAAAUGCCAGAUACCAUGCCAAACUGGUUUUUAUGGAAAGAACUGCGGACAUAGAUGCAGUGAGAACUGUGAAGUGACAAACCGUUGUAGCAGAUUUACUGGGGAAUGUGACGGGGGCUGUAAACCGGGAUGGAAGAUGCCAACAUGUCAGCGAGAAUGUGACGGUGGCAUGUACGGCGCAGGCUGCACACAGAAAUGUGGUUCCUGUCUAAACAACAAACAGUGUCAUCAUGUUAACGGCACGUGUUUGAUUGGCUGUUCUUCAGGAUACCAGGGAGGACAUUGCAAGGAGAACUGUCCCAGUGGGUAUUUCGGUAUCAAUUGUGAGAACAGCUGUACCGUGUACUGUGGUAGAAAUGGUAGUUGUGAUCAGACCACCGGGAUAUGUGAUGGAGGAUGUGAGGAGGGGUUUAUCGGGCCUCUCUGUGGUACAGAAGAGUUAUCAUCCCGCAUUACAAGUUGUACAGAUGACAACACCGCCACCAUCAUAAGUAUUGUAGUAUCUAUUUUUAUAGUGCUUAUUGAAAGUAUCAUCAACUUCCUGAUGUGGAAGAGAAAUCAGACAGAAUACGCAAAGAAAGGAGAAAACUGUAGAAGUGAAACAAGGAGUGCUCACAAUUCAGGGUUGAAUCCCCGUAUGCAGAACUGGGAGACUGUGACAAACCGAACACGUAUGAGGAACUUCACCAUUAUACCGAAUCUACCGGGAAAGUCUAAGACGAGUUAUUUGUACUGCAGUUAUUUCCACCGUACUUAGUUUUCUAUGAUGAACUUUCACAUAGAACGUAUAGCCGGAAAAGUCUAAGACGAAGAUAUAUAUUAUUUUUACUGCAUUUAUUUCCACCGUAUUUAGUUUUCCAUAAUGAACCUUCACAUAUAAUGCAUUACAUUUUUGACGUCGAACGUCCAAUGCAUUUCAUUUCGUUGUCCACAACACUGACCGUUGAUGAGUGUGUGCAAUCUAAUGUCUCAAUGAUUUGUGAACAUAUGAAGAGAGUACGUGGGAUAAAACUGUUGAAUAAUUACUGAUAUCUUACAUGAACGGUGUGAACCUGUCUUUAUAUAUUUUGAAUGUAUAUAUAUUGUUAUAAUAUCAUUGGCGCCCUAGCGAUUAUAUUACAUGACAAAAUGACCGUGAUUAACUGAAAACUCACGGGAAAACAUGAUAAAUUGUAAUUGUAUGUAUUGGAAUCUAUCAAUGUUAUUUUCAUUAAUUUAUUGGAUCAAAGAAGUACUUGCGGUUUUGGCGAAAUUCUGCCAAGCUUUUAUGAGGAAAAAUUAGUUUGCGUUGCAGAUAUUUUCUUCUUUAAUUUUUAAAAGAAAAACUCAUACAGGUACUUAUUCUCAAACACAUAUGAAAAUCAACUAAUACAUGCGUAUGCGUAGUACAUAAUUAAAUAAAGUAAGGGUCAUGAAGCUAUUUGUGAUGUUUUCUGAUGGUUUUCUAUGGAUAAACCAGUGAAAUUUAACAAAUAUUUCGUCGUCGUCCGGAAGACUUUUUGUAUGGCUUGAAAAUUUACGAAGAAACUGACAAUUCCUCUUAAUUUCAUCCCAGACGACGACGGAAGAAGGGUUAAAAUGUCAAUUGGAAGAUGUUUACAGAAUUGUCAUCAUGACGUAAUUUCGAGUGAUGAAAUUCCCACUUCUUGGCAGUUGAAGAGGUAACGGGAAUCAUUGGGGUAGUACAUGUAUUUUCAAAAAAUAUAUGCUGAUCGGAUAUUUAUUUAAAGGGUUUAACAUUUAUUGGAAACAUAAUAAUAAAAAAAUGAAAAAAUUCCGGAUGUAUUUAAGUCAAUCUUACAUACCGGAUUUCAUAUGUGUUGUUAUUGCCAGUGUAAAGAUAACGGUGUAUAUAUAAGACCUACCAAAGCUCCAUGAGAAUUCAUGUUACACACAGGAUAAUCAACAUUUAAAUAUUUUAUCUGAUGAUGAAUGAAUAAUUUCACAAACAAUGUAUUCGUUGAAAAUUUAAGCAUUAUAUUAACUAUGUGCAUACAUUUCAUUAAAUAUAAAACAACAUGUGAUAUCAACAGUAGACGACAAUGUUUUACUUAGACCAAUUUCACCCAAGGCGCGUACGUACAUCAAUGAUAUUUAGUGGACGUGUGAAAUUUUUAAGAAAGUAUACAAUUGUAAUCCGCGAAUAUAAUUUUUUACGUACCACCCCUCCCCUCAACAUUUCAAAAAGGACGAUACGUGUCUAGUGAUACAUUGUACCAUUCUUGUCUACUGAUUGUGUGUUGUAGCAUUGUAACAUUAUUGUAUACUGAUUUUGUGUUGUAACAUUGUACCAUUCUUGUCUACUGAUUGCGUGUUGUAGCAUUGUAUCAUUCACCAUAUUUGUUUUAACAAUUGUUUUUACACAUUUUUAUUACUUGUGUAAACAAAUUUCAUCAUCAGAAAUUUAACUGUAAAAUAAAAUUCGAGGUUAUUCUUCAA